CUCAAAGCUGUCAAAAGUCAGUCACUCUGAACACGAGGUUGGGGACUGAGGACAGCCAUGCCGUCGUUAUUCAGAAGAAGACAUACAGAAUGGGUCCGCACAUCCAUGCGCACCCCGGGGAUCCUGAUCUUCGGAAUGGUGAUGGCUCCCUGCGGAUGGGUCCUGAGUCUCGUCACGACAGUGGCCCCAAACUGGAGGACGCUUCAAGGUUUCACCAAUCUUCCACCAAACCGGGUCUACGAGCAAGGGAUCUUUGACAUCUGCAUCGCCGCCACCGCCACCGAAAGACAGCAGUGUGGUCAAACGGACACCACUUACUUCUCCAACAACAUCAUUGAGAUCUCCAAGGGUUUGAUGUUGGCCUCCCUGAUCGUGAACAUUGUGGGGAUUUGUGUGGCCAUCCCGGGGGUGCGCUGCUGGAAGGAGCAACCUCACUGGGCGCUCUGCACAGUGGGGGGCAUUCUUAUCUUCUGCGCAGGCGUCCUGACCCUCAUCCCCGUCUCCUGGUACACUCACAUCAUCAACGAGAUCACUUCAAACACCCCGCGGAUAGACAUCCGCGCCGGCUACUGUCUCGUACUGGGCUACAUCGGGGGGAUAUUUGAAGUCUUGGGCGGCGUCGUCAUGGCCAUCGGCUGCUGUCGCUGCUGCGGCGGGAGGAACCGCGGAGAGAGGCCAAUUGAAGAGGUCCUCGGCCCCAGGAGCCAACCGAAAAGGGAACCGAGACGCGUGGAGGUGCCGAGCCUGAGCCGAAACAGGAGCAGCGCCGCCAACAGCUAUCCAGCCUCCAACAGGGACUCGGUCGAUGAUGACAUAGAUGUGUCCUUCCCCAGGGCCAAGACCCCCGGGGCCGCCUCAGGAGCCAGCAACCCCUCCUUCACCGGCAGACCCUACGAUGCUGAUCUAUGAGACCCAUCUGAGUUAGAGGAAUGAGUCAAAGACUUGUUAUAAAACGGAGACAAUGAGAAGACAGGGAACAUAAAAUGAAGAGUAUUGUAGUUUUUAAAUAGACAAAUAUAAAAGUUACAUUUGUUGUAAUUCGAGAACAAAAACGAGUAUGUCUAACGGCCAGUCUGUUGUUGAUGAAGAAAGCAUUUUUGUAAAUAUUGCUGUCUAUGAUCUUCUCAGCUUUUGUACUUCUAUUUUAUGUAAAUACUGUGUUCUUAUGCCCUUUAUAAAAGGCAGUCUCUGUUGAAUGAAGCAUCCCCAAAUGAUUAAUAUGUUUCCAUUUGUUCUGAAUGUCUAUUAAAUGUGCACUCUGCUUCCUUACUGA